AUGAUUACCAAUCAUGGUCAUGUUCAAGUGUUCGAAAUUGAAACAGGCUGUUCGAUAUACACAGUAAGAAUUUCGACUGAUCCUAUUUUCAUUACAACUAGACACACUUUUAAUAAUGGUUUUCUUGCAAUUACUGAAUAUGGAACGGUCUUCUCUGUUUGUUUGGACAAGAAAACCAUUAUUCCUUACGUCACUCAAAAGUUACAAAACCCGGAUUUGGCUCUCAAAUUAUCAUCUCGUCUCAAACUUGCUUCGGAGUCAAUGGAUGACGCGGCUGCUAAACCGAUACCGAUGCCGUGGAGGACCGAAAGUAGCAGCGAAGAGGAUAAAAAUGUUGAUGAGGUAGUCAAAUCAGCUUCUCGUUGCAAGAUUCCGACGACGUCAAGAACUGAAAGUAGCAGCGAAGAGGAUGAAAAUGUUAAUGAGGUUGUCGAAUCAGCUUCUCGUUGCAACAUUUCUGAUGAUGAUGUUGUGCGCAAAUUUGAUUUAUUGAUCAAAAACGGGGAUUAUCAUGAAGCUGCAAAAUUGGCCGCAACGGCACCAAAAAAUAUUCUUAGAACCCCACAGACGUUACAAAAAUUAAAAGAAGCUACUCCAUCAGCAAAGGCUACUCAUUCUCUUGUUAUCUAUUUCACUGCAUUGUUAGAACAAGGUUCUUUAAAUAAAUACGAGUCGUUGGAAUUGUGUCGACCUGUUUUGGUUCAGGUUGGUACUUAA